UUACUUGAAAGUGUUUUUUUUUUGUCACUUACACCCCUUUGCUUCUAACCCCCUCAAUUCUAAGAAGAGUUCGUGGAGGAACUCUUUGGGGAAUCCCUGUAGCAGUUUCCGAAGAAUCUGGGGAAUCCCUGCAGGAGUUCCUGAAGAAACCCCAGGAGGAAUCCCGGAAGCCAUUCCUAAGAGAAUCCCUAAACAGUUCCUGGAGGAAGUACUGGAUUUAUUCCUGGAGGAGUUUCUGAAAGAAUUCCAAGAGGAAUUCCUAAAAAAGUGUUCCUGGGGGAAAUCCUUGGAGGAAUUUAUAAAAUAAUCCCUGGAGUUGUUCCUGAAAGAAACGCGGAAGGAAUUCCCGGGUGAAUCCCUGGAGGAAUUCUUGAAGGAAAACCUGGAGAAAAUGCAUCAGGAGAUGGAAAAUUCAUUAGAAAUUAAAACCUAACCUGUUAACCUGUUAAUGCUCAAAUUUUCAUUUUCGGAAUGUUAAAAUUGCAACAAGAACGACUGUGCCGCCACUAGCGUGGAUUAAUCUAUGGCUUUUGCAUAUAUAACGGAACAUGUUUCCACGUACGCACUCAAUUAGCAACCAUGGGUGGUCCUCUAUCGUGGCUAUCCAGCUUUCUCCAAGCAACCACUCCGAACUAUCAAGGUACCUUUGCCGUCUUCAGAGUUUUCAUGUUGAUAUGCGGUGUGAACUUCUUCGACGAGGACUUUAUGGUAGGGCCAGUGAACCAGUUUCGUUUCCUGGGACCCUACUUGAGCGGGUUCUACACCGUAAUCGCGUGCGUUCUACAUUUAAUACGCUAUCUAGGCGACGUUGAUUCUACUAUUCUAAGUCUGGCGGCGUUAUUUUCCGCCAUAGAAGUUAUGAUCAAGAUCGGAGGAAUGGCUCUCAAGCGCAAGUUGGGGGCAAAGCUGAUAAACAUUAUUCUGGAAGAUCGUAGCUACGAAGAUGGCGAUUUGGAGUGGUCCGUAUUCCUUAAGUAUCACACUCUGGCAAGAAAACUCAUGUACAUCACGAUAAUUUCGUACCCUUUCACGGCACUGAUGUUGCUGUCCUAUCCGGCACUGGCCGGCAAACUGGACGAGCACAUGCUACCGGUGGGCUAUUCGAUUCCAUUCUUCGACCACAAACAGCAACCUUGGUACGUGAUCAACUACUUGAUCAUCGUCGUUCAGAUGAGCUGGUGUGCGUUGGCUUUCAUCGGAACGGACGGCCCGUUCUAUUUGUGCGUGUGCUAUUCGACUUGCAAGCUGGAAAUUCUACAAAGUUACACGGCCAAGAUCGGUGAAACCGAAGAUGUCGAGGAGCAGAGGCGGUUGAUGAGAAAAAUCAUCGAGAUUCAUACACAUGUUUUGGAAUUUACCAGAGAUUGUUCUGAUUUCUACAAAGAGAUCUACUUGAGCCAAGCCCUGUGCUCCAUAGCACACAUUUGUGUCUCUCUUUUUCAUAUUCAGCUGAAAUUGAAAAACAGCUCCUACGGUAUGCUGGCAACGAACGUGGCCAAAAUGUGGAUCUUUUGCUACUGUGGGGAGCUGGUCGUUACCAAGUCCAACGAGCUAUCGCAGGCGGUAUACACCAACCGAUGGUAUGAACUGUGGUCCAAGAAGGACCUAAAGGCGAUCCAAUUCACACUGGCGAACGCUCAGCGCAAUGUAGGGUUUUCGAUCGGUGGAUUUGGAUUCUUGUCGUACGUUACGUUUACACAGAUUAUGAAAACUGCUUACAGCUGCAAUGCAUUUCUCCACAACAUGAUGAAUUGAGGCUCACAAGCAACAACUUAGACAUGAUUAGUUCACUUGUUCAUUCAAUAUCCAACUUAGCUUAUUCAACAAAACGAGUGGCGAAUUCAGGCAUCAGAAUGCCGACUUCAGAUGCAUGUUACACUCUAUUUGGGACACUUGUGCCAUAAGUGAGUUUAAAUGAUGAUAUGGUUACGGCUAUAAGUGAAGUGUAAAACAAUGCUAGUCGAAUUCGCAGGGAGAGAACUCUGAAGUCCACUAAGACGUUAGUGGGGCACCCAUUUAUUAUAUCGAUUUCCAGCCUAAUGUAACAGUUAUCUAUAGCCCCCCUCGCUUUAUAUGCGGUUUUCCCACAGACAAACAGAUGUCUCACUCUACUCAAUUCCCAUCGUUUCCCUUUUUAACGGAUAAUUCAAAUAUUCCGUAGUUCGCAAAUCGCUCGCUCAUGGCGCUCGCAUCGUUUUUGCUCCUGUUUGACGUUUGCUUACUACCGCCAUCUACUCAGUAGGUUUGCGUACCACAUCGUAAUUACCAUUGGGCGAUUAUGUUUGCGUGACGAUGAUUUUUAUCGCAUUUUGUUCCAAGUGAUACGUCUGUUUGUCUGUGGUUUUCCUAUACUAAAUACAUUGCUUCUCACACUUUCGAGAACUCACCCCCCCCCCCCUUUUUUAUAAGCGUGACGUUCUUCAUGGUUUAUAUCUAUCAUACACGGUCAAGACGAAGGAACUCGAUAUCAAAGAUCAUUUGUAGUAGGGUAGAAGCUUCAGUUUUGGCCAGCCCGGAGUUUUGGCCAUAGUGCGGUAUUCAGCCUGUUACGAUCUAAAUCGGCUUAAAUUUAUUUUUUACUAGUAGAUUCUAAUAUAAUAUGAUGAUUACAGCUGCGAAAACCAUACAUUUUGAUUAAAAACUGGAAGAAAAAAAUAUUUUUUCUUAAAAAAACAGCUCUUGUUUAUCUAUUUUGGCCAGGGUGCUUCUAAUUUGGCCACUCCCAUAAGAAAUACACGUGAUUGGCCAAAAUAGAAACCAAAGCUGAGAAUAUGGCCAAAACUGCGGCUAUGCUUCUAUUUUGGCCAGUGCCACUUUUAAUACGAAAAUCAAGUAGGGUGGGGCGGGGCAAGAUGGGUCGCGGGGCAAGAUGGGUCAGUGCCAUUUUCGGGCGCAUUACUCAUGUUUUGAUUAUGAUAAUAAUUUUGUUAGAUGACCAGCAUGAAUAUACAAAAGUUUGGGGCAUUGAUUGAAACAUUAUUCACUCUCAUUGGAAAUAAAAAAUAAAAUGGUUUUUAGCCAUUUUUCUUAUGCGAUACAUUCCAUAUAAUCUCCAUAUAAACGGCCGCGGGGCAAGAUGGGUCAACUAUAAUUUUGAACGUAUUUUUGGAGCAUUCAAAAGUUAUUUAUUUUUUAUUACAAGACUAUCUCAUAAAUGACUUCAAUCAAGCGGAAUGAACGCUCAAAAUUAUAACAUAAAAUUAUGAUAAUUUUUUAGUGAAAACAUCGAUUUUCAAGUCGCCUCAGAAACACUCAAAUCGUAAAGUUUUUUAUAUUCCAAAUAAAUUUAUAAAAUGUUUACUAGUAGCUCUUGUUUACUCAGUAUGGAUAUUGAGCAUAUAUGAAUGCGGAACAAAUCUUAUAUUUUGACGUUUUUCGUUGAGAAAAUGUGAAUUACUUAAAAGGUGACCCAUCUUGCCCCGCACGUUUUUCACGGCGCAAAAUCGAUCACUUUUUAAAACGGUUUGUUUAACAUCAUAUUUUGUAUUUAAUGAACUUUUUAUCGACUUUUAGCAUAGCUAACUAGUGUAUUAAAGAGUAGCGAACGAAUGCAAACCAAUCCGAUUUGUAUUUACAAAGUUAUGAUGAUCCAUCCUUAGGCGACCCAUCUUGCCCCGCCCCACCCUAUUAGCUAGAUUUCUGCAUUUUUCUAAUAAAGUAUAGAUCGAAACCUUUCAUUUAACACAUUGGUUGUUUUCAUUGCAUUAUUGGUUAUUUUUAUAAAAAUUAUUUCCAUUAGACUGGCCAAAACCGAUGCCUGCACCCUAGUAGCAAGUAGUAGUCCGGAUUACUGAAUUAAAAAACCAAUAAUGUUAGUUUGUGUUGAGCACUGUUGAACAUACACCAGAUUUAUAUCCCACAUGUUGAAUAAAACCUGAGAAAUAAAACCAUUCUGCACUAAACCAUCACCAGA